UUAGAGUCACAUUUUGCUCAACAGCAUUUCACGCUUGAACGACUUUGCAUGCAAAAUUCGAAUUGUGUUUUAUUACCAUGUAACAAGGACGUGUUUUGCUUGUUAACGUCAGCUGUCAAUCGGCCAUCUUUCUUGCUUGCAGUCAAAACAAACUGCUCGUGUUAACGCCGCCGCUCGCCGAUAGAUGGCGUUGCCCCGGCGCUGUGGUUAAAAAGAGAAGGUGUUAUACGGCCGUAACGAAGUGCCCGAAUAGAAUAGACGAGCCCAACAAAUGGUUCCGGUUUAGUGUCGAGAAACCUCUGCGUGGGGAGGUUGUGUCGCGUUGUUAAGCGACGCGGCGUGCGUGUUCCAAAAUAAAUACCCAUCUGUCCAAAUAUUGUGCAAGUUUUUUUAUUGUUUCCCGAAACAAGGAUGCGUGUGUGUGUAUGACCUAAAAGUGACAAGUUUAUUUUGUGUUUUCAAGUGCCAGUGUUUUGUUUUUGUUCAGUUUUGGAUUUAUUGGAGUUGCGAGUCCGCAGACGGAUUUGUAAAAGCUCCCACAAUGGCGCGAUGACGUGAACAAUGCUGCUGCAACAGGCCUCCCCGUCGCCUGGACCCAGCGGCACCAGCUCCCCCCACCCCUCACCCCGCCCAAGCCUCCCCCGCUCCCCUCUAAGCGAUGCAAGCCCCAGGGCUAGCCCGAAGUUCGCGAGUCCCACGUUGGGUGCCAAGUUUGGGAGCCCCACGUUGGGCGCCAGUCCUAAGUUCAGGAGUCCGAAGCUUAAGAGGACGGCGGUUGAAGAUGAAGCGGCGCUGGAGAGGAUACAGGCGGAGCUGAAGGAGGGAUGGAGCGUGCAUACUGGAAGAGAGGGGAGACUGUAUUAUUGCAAUCACAUCACUCAGACGGCGAGCUGGCUGCCUCCAGUCGAGAGCUGGCCCAGCUCCAGAGAUGGCAGCAGAAGCAGCCAGGAGCCGGAAGAAGAGGAACUGCCUUAUGGAUGGGAGCAAGCGUUGGAUAGUCGGGGGAAGCCUUAUUACAUCAACCAUGUCAACAAGACAACAACCUACGUGUCACCCGAGGGUUGCUCCUGCGAGUCUCCGCCCGCGCCGCGUGACGUCACACUGGAAAGGGACCCGGAGUUGGGCUUCGGGUUCGUGGCGGGCUCGGAGCGGCCCGUACUUGUUCGCUUCGUCACUGACAACUCGCCCAGCGUUGGGAAGUUGGAGCCGGGCGACCAGAUCCUAUGCGUGAACGGAGCGGACGUGUCAACAGCUGCGCGGGAGCAUGUGAUAGCCGCCGUACGCGCGUGCGCCGAGCGCGUCACGCUCCGCGUGUGCCAGCCGGCGCGAGCUGGCAACCCUGUGCGCCGCUCGGCUUUACUGUCACACGCUAAACGCGCCAGGUUGAGAGCCCGCCCUCCAAGAGUCCGGUUUGCGGAUUCUGUGCAGCUAAAUGGAGCCCCCAUGUACCCUCCUUCAGCUUUCUCUCUCGGCGACCUCUGCCUUCCCCCCAUGGCGAACGUCCUCAAAGUGUUCCUCGAGAACGGGCAGACCAAGUCCUUCAAAUACGACACGACGACCACGGUGGCCGAUGUUGUGACGAGCUUGAAGGAUAAACUGUGUAUAAUAGCUGAAGAACACUUUAGUCUGGUGGUGGAACACGUGAAGAGUGUGAGGAGAAAUAAGCUGACGCUUUUGGAUCCUAAGGAGUCUUUAGCACGGAUCGCAUCCCGGCCCGGCUCACACAAGAUGCGUUGUCUGUUCCGCGUGGUGUUCAUGCCGACGUCGGCAGCUGAGCUCGCACAAAGAGAUCUAGCAGCAUUGGAUUACUUAUACAUGCAGUGCUGCAACGACGUGGCCCAGGAGCGAUUCUCGCCUGAACUGCAGCCCGACGUUGCACUCCGACUUGCAGCGCUGCACAUGCACCAGCACGCGUUAGCCAACAACCUGUCGCCGGCCAAACUCACCGUCAAAGCUGUCGAGAGAGAAUUCGGUCUCGAACGCUUCGUACCAAAUGGUUUACUAGAAAGUAUGAAGCGGAAAGAAAUUAGACGUCUCAUCGCACACUUCCUCAAACUCAACUCGCAGAUGACGGGGAGCCAACGGCAGUUAACUCAAUUACAGGCGAAGCUCCACUACUUGGACAUCGUAGCGGGUCUUCCAAGCUACGGCGCCAAGUGCUUCGGAAGCACCCGACCAGAACGCGUUCUUCUAGUAUCACCACGCUUUGGUCUGAGCCAGAUCAUCUCUCGUGCUAACCCUGGGCCUCAAUCAAUAGCUUCUCUAGAAGAAGUGGAAGGCGUCAGGGUGAAGCGCGAAGCUGGCGGCAGCGCGGACGUGGCCAUCUUCCUCACGAGGGACCGAGUCGUCGCGCUGCUCAUGGAUGAGCGGGACGCGCUGGAGAUGCCGCUGGUCAUUGCUGGAUACUACCGUCUGGCCACGGGCAAAGAACUAAACGUGGAAUUGGAGAGAGAACCAAUCACGGAGGACAUAGCUCCACCUUACCUCUCACAACAUCAUGUGGUACCAACAAAAUGGAGUUACCUUCAUUACGACGAUCCGGUCGUACUCACGAAGAAACACUUCGCGAUAUUCACCAUGCCACCUCCGUACCAUUCCACGCCCGACCAGGCUAAAGCUAGCCUAGAUACCAACAUGAAUUCCAGCCUGACCAACAAAAAUCAUAGCAACAACUCCAGUCCGUUAACAGGCUACGAUUCGAGGCCAGGAUUAUUAGGCCAUGACGUCCAUUUCGAAAAAUGCAAGAGAAAUGAUGACUUCAGACUUUUCGAUCCGAACGAUGCCUGUUAUUUGGAUGACGGCAUGGGUUUUGAUCUUCAAAGCGUUCUAUCCAUGGAACUCUUAGAGAAUGCGAGCAACAACCCGAGACUUGUUGAAGCUAAAAACGAAGAAGUACUCAGACGAGUCGCCGAAAUGCAAAAGUUAGUUGAGAAUUCUGAACAGUAUUUGACUGAGAACUGUGAUGUAUAUAUUGAAGAUGCAUUUAGUAAUGGAAUGUUGAGAGAUGAACUAGUUGGUAAAGAAACGAAUGUAGACCAGUUGGAAAGCGAUACUGAAUCAAAUAAUAGUAGAAUGUCUGCGGCAGAUGAUGCGCCAGGAAUUCUUAAACAUAGCGAUUCUUUACUACUUUUAACAGAGACUAUUAACCAAGGACUUUCCGGGUUAAGUAUACCUGAAGUGCAAAAAGAUGAUCUUACGAGGCGGCAGUCGCAAGGUCUCAGCGCUAUACUUAAUAACUGUGGACUCACAGACGCCUUGAUAGCUUUAAACAAUGAUCUCUCUCAUUCAGAAAGUGAUAACGAUUCUCUUUACACACCAACCAAUAGUCCUAUACGUAAGCAUCAGAAAGCUACGAAUAAAGUAGUGAGAACGAGCUUCGGUUUACAUAGUCCUGAUUCGACUCUAGACAAUAGGGAGUCAAAUUUAAAGGAGUAUUUGAAACAGCUUAGAGAGAAGAGUAGUAAAGAGGAAGAGAAAGCUAACUUUCCUUAUUAUGAGGAAACUAGCGUCGAUAACGACGCGGAGCUUAUAGACUUAACUUUGAUCCCACCCCCACAAACGCCUGACGAAUUAGACUGUGCGACGCAAGUGCCUCAAAUAUUACCAGUCGUGCCACCGUCUUUUGCAGACGAGAAGAAAAACUCACUAGAAAACUUAAACGGAGCGCCCAAAAAGGGUGACAUAGAAGAAUUCAUAGCUAACGUAACUGUGCAGCCCCCUACUGUAAGAGUCACUCCUGCAAUUGAGCUUACACCGGAGGAAAUCAUGUCUUAUAUUAUUCCUCCACCGCCGGGAUCAAAUUCCUCAACUUUAGAUAGAGAACAAGUCAGCUACGUCAACCAUAGUCAGAUAAUGGAAGCGAAGCAACAGAAUCAUAAAGAUGUCAAAGCUAAUGGCGAAGUAGUUAAAGGCACGCUCAGUGUCAGUGAAAUAAGAAAUAUGUUUACCGCGAAAACUUUAAGCGAUGCUAGGAAUAGUCUAUUAUUGAAAGAGAAAAGCAAAACUCAAGCUCAAACUAAAUCAGAUUCGCCGAAGAGUAAAAGGAAAAGUGUUACGGAAAAAACGGCGAACGGCACAGCGCAUGUGAUUGAAUAUCCUACUGUUGAAAGGAAAGGUAUGUUUUCAUGUUGUAGCAAAGAUAAGAAUAAAAGCGAUGAUAGCGAUGAAUCAGAUAAAGUAGGUCAAGUAGAGAAAUCGGAUUCCAUGCCAGAUGUUUGUGAAAUCAGGCCUCCUCCGAGAAGAAAAAAUGUCGAUCACAUUCAACCGCCUGAGAGACCUCCUAAAAAUCCUCCCCCAACGGCGCCGAGACCACGAUCGAAUUCCUUUACAUGUCCAAAUAAUGAGUUAACAGCUGUAGAAAUCCCAAACAAUCAUUUCAGUACCUUAAACAACAGGAGACUAAACUAUAAAGUCGUCUGUGAAAUUAACGAUCAAAUGCAACCACCGCUCCCACCUAGAUUAGAACCUAAAGUCCUCUCCCCUCCGCCUCCACUACUGCUUCCUCCAAAAAAGCCUCCUCUACCGCCCGUGCCGAGCAUCGAAGUUCUCCGAAUGAAGACAUCACAAAAACAAUCGCCGAUCAGAGAACAACGGCUAGCCAGUAUCGGUUCGCCGCACUUCCAAAGAAAUUUAAACUCGUACAGAAAUUUAGAAAAUGAGAGCCGGCUAGACGACGAACAAAGCUUACGAUCCACGCCAAACUAUAGCUCGAUGACGCUUCAAAGUCGACACGUUCGAUCCAGCUCCGAAACUAAAAACACCAUCUUAAAAAACAACGAGAUGUCAACAGUUCUAUCACUAUGUUCGCCCCAAAUGAAUCGUCGAUUCAGCAACCGGCCCGAUCUUCUAAACGGAGCGGCGGGGAACGAUUCAAAAACGUUCAGCCCUCCGACGGACAGGAAGUUCCGAGCGAGUCCAACUCCAAAAGUCCAGAACCACGUGAGGUUUAAAGACGAUGUCGUGGAUGAUAUCCCAACUCCUCCAUCGCCUCCUUUAGUGUUUCCUGAGGCGAAUGGAGUGGUCGGUGCGGAGGCGCUGCUUUUAGCGGCCGAGGCGGCGGCGGCGGGGUUGCUGUCGAGGCUGCACGCCGCCGCGCAGAGGGCGCAGCAUCAACACGCACACGGGGGAGGAGAGGAUAUCGACGAGCUGAAGUUCCAGCGAGCACGAAGUGAACUGACUUCCUGCGCCGUGACGCUGGUGGGGGCGUCGAGGACGCUGGUCGGCGCCCUCGGCGGCUCCGGGCCCGUGGCCCCGGCGCUAGCGGACUGCCUCACGCCUUUGCGGAGAUUAGCAGACCUGGCACAGGCUCUUGGCAGACACACGUCAUCCCCGCUCCAGACCCGCAACCUGAUCCUGCGCGUGCACGACGUGACGGCCGCCUUCAAAGACCUCGCCGGGGCCGAGAUGGCGCACAUAAUACGCGACCACAACGCCAAGACGGAACACAACUCCACUUUGGAAGGACAGCUCGCGCUCCGAGCGGAGUGUUUGGCGAACGUGCUGGCGACACUGCUUAGGAGUUUGAGAGUUUUUUCGCCGUGACAAAAUGAAAAAUAAGGAGUGUAUUCAUUGUCUUUAUUAUCACGCGAUGCUAGUAUUAUUGGAACGUAAAUGAGACAUUUUAUUUAAGAUCGUACACUGUUUUUCCAUAUUUGGGAAUUUUUAUGUUACAUUUUCUAAGCAUCACGAGCGUUUUUGAUCCUAUUAUGAGACAAACAGUGUCCCAAUAUUUCCAUACAUUUUUCGAUCGUUCCUCCAUUCUGUUACCUUUAUAUAAAGUCUAUGAAAAAUGCAGGGGCGUAUUUACCCUAGAGC